AUGGAGAUGAAGAACAUUGCCUGCGGAGUUCUUUUCGCUGCUGCUUCCAUGACCACCGUCAUGGCUGCCGAAGUUGGAGCUCCGGCACCAGGACCCGCCUCAAGCGGAGCCUCCUUAGCCGUACCAGCUCUUGGUUCUUUGUCGAAAAUUGUCGAGAUGGUUUGGUGGAGAAGGAAAAACCGUGAAGUCAACGAGCUACAGAGAAAUUUUAUGAAGAACGGAAGAUUACUACUUGAAGAGCUAAUUGCGAUUAGCGAUGAUGCUAAAUCCAAUCCUAUAAAAAAUUUCUCAGCUGAUGAGAUCGUAGAAGCCACCAAUAACUUCAGCAGCAGCAAUCUUGUUCGCAUAGAUAGAUUCCGACAUUACAGAGGUAUGCUCGAUAACCGUGUCGUGCUUAUCAAGAAAUGGGCUUAUGGAGGAUCGAUUUACUCGGAAAAGAUAUACCGCAACUUAGCGGUUUCGUCAAUGGUGAGUGGUCACAAAAACUUCCUCAAACUGUUAGGAUGCUGCCUAGAAUUCCCUUACCCGGUUCUAGUUUGCGAAUAUGCAGAGGUCAUAACGCGUAGCCUAAGAGGAGCAAGAUGUCCUAUUGAUCCAACAUUAACAUGGAGCAUGAGAAUCGUUAUAGCAAAGGAGAUUGCAAACGCUUUAACUUACCUUCACUCGGCGUUUUCAAGAACUCUAGUUCAUAAAGAUAUACAACCUUGUCAGAUUUUCUUGAAUGAGAAUGGAACAGCAAAGUUGGAUUAUUUGGAGGAAGAUCCAGAACGUUUGUCUAAAUUUGUCAAGGAUGGGAGACUUGAUAAGGUUGUAGAUAAAAAGAUGUUGGUUGUUGAGGGUAGAGACAUAGAUCAAGAGAAAUUGCAAGUGGAAGCAUUUCUUGAGCUCUCUAUGAGAUGCAUUGGUCGUAAAGGGGACGUUCCCAAGAUGAUUGAAGUGGCUAAAGAGCUUAAAAGGAUCAGGAGAUAG